AUGCCAUCCAGAUCAAGUUUCACCUUGAAAAAUGUCCCUAGAGCGAGACUUCUGAGCUCUAGUGUUGUUUCACAAUUUCGUUUCGGAACCAUACAACAUUACCAACACAUGAAAAGAGAUACAGGUGUCGAUUCUGAAGACGCAGGACAAAAAACUAUCAAAAAGGGACCAGCGGCCCCAACAAGUAAGAAAAUUUCAGAGUCAGUUAGCAAAACAAUACCUUCGGUAUCGGAAUUACGUAUUCUAAGAGACCUGCUCAAAUACAUUUGGCCAUCGGGUAAUAAUAAAGUAAAAAGUAGGGUGUUAAUUGCUUUGUCUUUGCUUAUAGGUGCUAAGGUUUUGAAUGUCCAGGUUCCAUUCUUCUUUAAACAGACUGUGGACUCUAUGAAUGUUGAUUGGUCUGAUGCUACUGUGGCUUUACCAGCUGCAAUUGCGAUGACUGUUCUUUCGUAUGGUGUCGCAAGGUUUGGUGCGGUCUUGUUCGGAGAACUACGGAAUGCAGUGUUUGCCAAAGUAGCUCAAAAUGCCAUUCGAACCGUAUCGCUAGAAACUUUCAAACACCUAAUGAAACUCGAUUUGGGUUGGCAUUUAACGCGACAAACAGGUGGUAUGACACGUGCAAUGGACCGAGGUACAAAGGGUAUCUCCUACGUUCUUAGCGCAAUGGUGUUCCAUAUCAUCCCCAUCAGUUUUGAGAUAUCUGUCGUUUGUGGUAUAUUGACACAUCAGUUCGGUGCCCAAUUCGCGGGGAUUACAUUCUUAACAAUGAUGUUGUAUUCGAUAUUUACAAUCCGAACGACCGCAUGGCGAACAGAAUUUAGAAGGUCGGCGAAUAGGGCAGAUAAUAAAGGUGCCAGCAUCGCCCUGGACUCGUUGAUCAACUUUGAGGCUGUUAAAUAUUUCAAUAACGAGUCAUAUUUGGCAUCCAAAUACAAUAAUGCAUUGAUGACGUAUAGGGAUGCCCAAAUCAAAGUCUCGCAAUCGUUGGCGUUUCUCAACUCAGGACAAAAUCUGAUUUUCACUUCAGCACUAACAGCAAUGAUGUACAUGGGAUGUACUGGUAUCUUGGGUGGUAAUUUGACUGUUGGUGAUUUGGUCCUAAUUAAUCAGUUGGUGUUUCAGCUAUCCGUUCCUCUCAACUUUCUUGGGAGUGUCUACCGUGAGUUGAAACAAUCACUGAUUGACAUGGAAUCCUUAUUCAAGCUGAGACGCAACGAGGUAGUCAUUAAGAACGUAGAGCAACCUAAAAUGCUUCCUGCUGACGGUAAGCCCUUUGAAAUCAGAUUUGAAAAUGUUACCUUUGGUUAUGAACCUGAUAGAACCAUUUUGAAAAAUGCAAGCUUUGUCAUAGCAGCGGGAAAGAAGAUUGCCAUUGUGGGACCCUCGGGUAGUGGGAAAUCCACGAUUCUCAAGUUGGUAUUCAGAUUUUACGACCCACAAGAAGGUAGAAUAUUGAUUAACGGUAUUGACGUGAAGGAAAUAGAUUUGGACUCUUUAAGAAAAGUAAUUGGUGUCGUACCGCAAGAUACCCCAUUAUUUAAUGACACCAUAUGGGAGAAUGUUCGAUUUGGGAGAAUAGACGCUACGGAUGAGGAAGUUUGGGCUGCUGUAGAAAAGGCACAUCUCUCUCCCCUGAUCAGUAAGCUUUCCAGAGGUACGGAUACCAUAGUCGGUGAGCGAGGACUCAUGAUCAGUGGUGGGGAAAAGCAGCGAUUAGCAAUUGCCCGUGUUCUCCUGAAGAACGCAGAUAUCAUGUUUUUCGACGAAGCAACGAGUGCUCUGGACACCCACACAGAGCAAAACUUGUUAAAGACUAUUCGUGCAAAUUUUAAGACAGGAAGCAAGACGAGUAUUUACAUCGCGCAUCGUCUCAGAACAAUUGCUGACGCAGAUAAGAUCAUAGUGCUGGAAGACGGGUCCGUCAAAGAGGAGGGUACACACACCGAGCUACUCGCAAGGGACCACUCACUGUACAAAGAUCUAUGGGACAUCCAGGAGAACCUUGAAGUUAUUGAGGAGGAGUUGGGACUGGACAGCUCUGAAGCGGACUCGCAACUGUCGCCGGGCGAAGACUGCACUGCUCAGUAG